AUGGAUAUUAGAAGGAGAACAACAUAUUUAUCUCGAGGUUCUGAUGGCCGCCCUUCUCAUAACUACAGCUCAUUUUUCCAGUCUGCACAGAAAAAGUAUUGCAAUGCAGACCCUGAAAGUGGUAUUCGUCUCGUUGGACCAAUGUUUGAGUUAACUGCUUGUGUAGAACUUAAAGGAGAUGAGGAGGAUUUCGAAACUAUGUAUCCAGAUACAUCCCUUUCAUUUGGACCAACUAUUUGUUCAUUUGGCCUGAAGUAUAACGAUCACAACUAUGCCCUACCUUCAGGAUUAACCCCUCCUUCAAUGGCACCUCAUUUGAUGGAUAUUCAAUUACCGAAAAACAAACUUUCAGAUACAAAACUUAACAACCCUUGUUCGAAAAAUUUAUUUGUCCAGAAGUCAAGCUCCAAGUUAGGCGCUGAAGAUAUUGCACAAAAGCACAACAUUGAUAAACGUUUCGAUAAACAGAGUUCGCUUACCUUUAAACGCUCCACAGUUGAAGGAAACGGUAUGUACGGUUGUGAUGGUAAGAAGCACUCUAGUGGAUUAUGGUAUUCUAAAUCCACAAAUGUAGAAGACAAAUCAACGGUGGAUAGUGAUUCAAAGGAUCAAUUUAUGGCUCCACGCUUUGGCUCACAAAUUUCCAGUUAUGAACAAAUGGAGUUACGGUGUGAACCCGAGUUAAAGGUCAUUGAAGUCCCAGAAGAACUUGCAGUUUCUCCUUCUCAGUUAAGUGAUUUGGAUAGUGAUACAUCAGAAAUGGAGUAUGUUACCAAGAUCGUUAUUCCUUCUGAUGGAUCAUGUAUUCAACCGGCAGUUGAUACCGCUUGGGUUGGUAAUAAUAUGUGGGCUGACGUCCGUUGUGUAUGUGGCCAUUCUCAACCUAAAUCUGGACUUAUACGAUGUCCUAAAUGCAGUACUUGUCAACAUGUGCAGUGUAUGGAGUCAUAUUACAAUGUUACUAUGCCACGAUUGAGUGAUGGGUAUACCUGCAGUGUAUGUGGAAAUGAGACCAUUGAAUUUCAAGGUGCAUCUAACCAGUUACCAGACGCGUCACUUAAUAGAAACGCUAAUGCAAACAAGGAUUGUGUUGCUUCAAAUGAUGAUACCACGAAUUCCGUCGAUGGUGCUAAUAAUUCGUCAAUAAAAUUGAAUACAACAGCUGAAGGAAACAUUGGAGCUCAGUAUGUAGAAGUCGCUGCCGAUAGAGCGAAAAGAUUGGGUCUUUUAUCGAAUAAUUGUAAACUGGAUGCUGACACUUCUACGUUUUCUGGAUCUUGGUCCAGUCAUUCUGUUGUAAAAGAACAUGAUACCACAGGACGUUCUGGUUGGACAUCUGUGAAUUGGGAAAAAUUGAACGAAAUUUCUCGCUCUGGUCGCAGGCAUCAUGGUGAUACGGAUGUAAAUUUGAGAAUGCCAUCUCCUCCAAGAGCAUCUAAGCGGAAGCAAGACCUAACCUCUACAUCAUAUAAUGACGCAGAAGUUGCCGCAACUGAUUCAUCUUCUGAGCGAAAUUCCAACGCUACUGUUGUUCUACCGAAUAGUGGAGAUGAAUCAUCUUCUGUCGAUGUAACACCUUCAAGCACACCAUCGAAUACUCCAAUGAAAACAGGACCUUUACCACUCACUCCUAUUACUCCAGCAAGUACGCCUGGUGGUACGCUUACACCUGGUUCUGGAUACAGUAGUUCUUCAGGUGUAGAAGGCAGUCCACGUCGUCACAGACUGGGUCCUGACCGUUCGUCUAAUAAAGUCAGAAGAAUUUUGUUCCCCGAUGGUUCCAAUUCGACGAAGCGUCGUUUAGAUGCUCGAACUAAUCCUCUCGGUGCAGCUUGGGCUAAAGACUAUCAGGAAGCUGAAAGAAAUGUUUAUACAAAAGCACUACUCGAACGUGUACAGACUAGAAUAACUGCUAGUGUUGAACGAAAUCACAAAAUCCCCCCAGCAUGCCUAACUCGAAGUUCACUUUGUCGAGUGGUCCUUUUCGAUCAUAAUGAUAAGGGCUUAGAAGCGUCAAUUAGAAUAGCACCCAAUGAAGUUGUAACGGAAGUUCGUGGUCAUUUCUUAUUGAUGGAAGAAUAUGAACACUAUGUUGAUCCUGUUUCUGACUAUAAUCGUUACGUUAUGUUUUAUCGUGGGUUUGGUGAUCGGACAGUUGUUAUUGAUUCUAGCCAAUAUGGAAAUAGUGCACGAUUUGUUCGACGUUCAUGUAUUCCGAAUUGUAGACUCGAACAUUACGUUGUACAAAACAAGCUUCAAGUCGUAAUUCGUACAUCAAUGGAAGUGAUGCCUGGGACUGAGUUAACCAUACCUUUUGAUUUGGACUAUCGAGCAUGUCGUUAUCCUUUGGACUGUGCUUGUGCAAGAUCUCGUUGUCCUGUUUUAAAAUGGCGACGAAAAUUGCUACGAAAUAAAGUGGUGCCUAACUUAGAUUAUAGUAAAUAUAUUGAAUCGCAGCUUCGAGUACUUUCCAAACCCUUAUCUCAAGAAAGUCCGACAAAUAGAUCGUUCGACUCCUCCAGUUUAACAGCAUCUCCUUUGGUAAAAACAUCUUCCACUUCAAACAAUGUUAAUCAAUCUAUCAGUCUCUCACCUAAUGUUAAUUACAAUUUGUAUAGUAUAAAAUCACCUGGUACUUUUCGUAAAGAGGUUGAGCUACCAAUCCAUAACUGUGAUUCUCUGAUUACCGAAAAAACAAAUCAUAAUGAUUCAGAUUUAAAUAAAACCGUACAUUUGGAUAAUUCCCAUUCGUUGGAAUGUGCAUCAUCUUCUACGAUUAUAAAUGAAACUGAAAGUAGUGAACAGACUAACUCAGAUUUGAAUACUUCUGAGAGUAAAAAUGUUGCCGAAUCUGAUUUUGUUACUGACGAAAAUCAAAUUCCUAAAACUUCUCCAACAGAGGAUGUAUCGACUGAAAGCAAUUCAAAAAUACCUACAACAAAGAUAAAAGAUUCUUCAUUUCGAAAAAGCCAAAAUGUUAAUGAAGAGAAACUACCUUUCGAACCUAUUAUUACAACAAGAAGACAAGCUGCAGCUAUGAAAAAUAUCCUGCGAUAG